UCGGUAUCAGAAUCGAGUGGUAAGAACUCGGGUAAUCUUCGCAAGAGAGAGUCUUUCAGCGACUACCUCCGCUUCGUGUCGUCAUGUACAAGUGCGCCGCUCUUCUCGCCCUGCUCGUCGCCUGCGUCGCCGCGGCGCCCGCACCCGGCUACCUGGCGUCCGCGCCCGCUGUCGCGUACUCGGCGCAUCCCGCGCCCAUCGUCCACGGCGUCCACGCGGCUGCUCCGCUCGCUUACGCCGCUCAUGCAGCUCCGAUCACCUACGCCGCUCACGCGGCACCGCUGGCCUACUCCGCUCCGCUCGCGUACACCGCGCACAACGCGCACCUCGCCUACGCCGCACCUGCUGUCAGCUACAUCCAUUAGUUCCGAGGAGGUGGGCCAUGAUGUAAGAACGUACAGGUCUUCUCGUAUCACUGCGCAUAGUGGCGAUAGCAAUAUACUGGGAACAACGACACACCCCCAAAUCAUAUUUGGAUCCUCCAAAUUCAUACUGCGCAUCUUCGGGACCGAUACACCUUGUCUUCUUACAUCGUGAGAUGAACCUGCAGGACUUGUAGAACACGACGAGGCCCAAUCUUUUUAUUUCCCGAGCGACAAUUGUUGUCUGGAUAUCUUUUUUUCUCGACAGAGAGAGAGAGAGAGAGAGAGAGAGAGAGAGAGAGA